AAAGGACAAAAAAAUGGACAAAGACAAACGCAAAAAAGAAGAAGAAAGCAAGAAGAAAAAAACCACCCCUAAAGUUGCCUUGAAAAAAGAGAAAAGCAAAAAGGAAGAAAGCAAGAAGAAAGCGGAGAAAGAAAUUGACACUGACUCGGAUGAAGAAGAGCAAAUGAUUCAGAGAAAGAAAAGCCCGAAAUCAAAAGGGGCUGCUAAAAUAAUUGGUCAAGACAAACAAAAAGAUGACAGCAACGGUUGCUCAGAGGAAUUGCCAGAAGCGUCUCCAUCAGAUGACAGCAACGGUUGCUCAGAGGAAUUGCCAGAAGCGUCUCCAUCAGCUGAAGCAGAUCCCCAUGAAUUAAAAAUAAGGAAAAUGUAUGACACUGUUCUGGAUCACAAUCACGGAUGGAGCAAAGCCACGACAACAUAUUUAAUUUGCAGGAUUAAUUCUGAGGCUGACCCUAUAAUACUGAAAAAUGGGAUAAAACAUGCAGAGGAAUUAUUGAUAAAUGAACUGAAUGGCAAGAACACAUCAUUAUUGACAACUAUAACCCUAUACUUAAGCAAUUCUCCUUGCUCAAGUAAGGAACACGGCUGCUCCGGCGAGUUAGUCAAGUUUCUAAAUGAACACACACAGGUUAUUUUGAUACUAUAUGUCGCAAAUUUGUACAACAUACGGCGGGUGUCUUGCAAAGGCGAAAGGCAUUAUACUUGGGUUACUCCAGAUGUCCAUAAAGCUAACUUUACUGGGUUAAAGGACCUGAUGGAGCACAACCGCUGCGUGGUGAGUGCAUUUAGUUUCGCUGCCUGGUCAGAGUUGUUAAGCAUUGUGCCUGUCUCGGAUUCAUUUAGGUCUCAACUUCUAGAUGAAUACAAACGUAUAGUACCCAGGAAUGACAGAAGUAGAGAAACCGAGGAUUGUCGGAUUAGAUCAGAUUUAAUGUGUAUCAGAUACAUACCAUUUGUAAUUCAAUAG